AUGCUUUCAUUAGUGGGUGCCGGUGGUGGUUCGUUUGUGUACAAGCAUCCUCUCAAAAAAUGCAUAUGCAAUAGCGGGAAGGGUUCUUUUUGUUCUUUUCGCUCCCCUCCAAGAUUUUUGGGUGAUGAUCAUCAAAACCCAAUAAGAUGCAGAAAGACUAUUGCCGCUUGUAAAUGUAUAGCGGACUUCACACCCACCAAAUUCCCAGGAUCACGUGAAACAGAGAAUUUGAGCAUGGGAAAGGAGCUUGAGGAUGAGUCAGAUGUGCUGAUUGAAUGUAGGAAUGUCUACAAGUCAUUUGGUGAAAAGCAUAUCUUAAGAGGUGUGAACUUCAAGAUUAGGCUUGGAGAGGCUGUUGGAAUAAUUGGGCCUUCUGGGACUGGUAAGUCAACCAUCUUGAAGAUCAUGGCUGGGCUUCUAGCUCCAGACAAGGGAGAGGUUUUGAUCCGAGGUAGAAGGCGUCAUGGUUUGAUCAGUGAUGAAGAAAUAUCUGGUCUUAGAAUAGGCUUGGUUUUUCAGAGUGCAGCUCUGUUCGAUUCUUUAACUGUUCGUGAAAAUGUUGGUUUCCUUUUAUACGAAAAUUCAAGUAUGCCAGAGGAUCAAAUUGCAGAGCUUGUCACCGAUACUCUAGCUGCUGUUGGAUUGAAGGGAGUUGAGGACCGAUUGCCCUCUGAAUUGUCUGGUGGAAUGAAAAAAAGAGUUGCUUUAGCUCGUUCCAUAAUUUUUGAUCCCACAAAAGACACAGUAGAGCCUGAGGUGCUCCUGUAUGAUGAACCAACUGCCGGUCUGGAUCCAAUUGCAUCUACUGUAGUUGAGGAUCUCAUUCGCUCUGUUCACUUGAAAGGUGAGGAUGCACUUGGGAAGCCUGGGAAGAUUGCAUCUUAUGUUGUUGUCACUCAUCAACAUAGCACGAUUAGAAGAGCCGUUGACAGGCUGUUAUUUCUCCAUGAAGGAAAGGUUGUUUGGCAAGGGAUGACCCAUGAAUUCUCCUCAUCAACAAAUCCAAUUGUUCAGCAGUUUGCAUCUGGGAGCUUGGAUGGACCAAUUAGAUAUUAG